AUGACUUCAAAAAAACCGGUUAAUCGCCCAUCAGUGAGGCAUCCAAGUCACAUCCAUCCAUUGCGUGCCUUCAAGGCCCAAGACGAAGAUGAGAUCAUCUGCUCUGGAUGCGAGCUCGACCUGACCGCACAAUCAUUCAAGUGUACGAAGAAAGACUGCGAUUACUUCUUGCACAAGUCAUGUUUUGACCUACCUUGUGAAAUCAAUCACAAGUCUCAUCCUGACCACUCUUUAACCCUGCUUCAUUCCCCAUCUUAUAGUCAUCAAUCUUACGAAUGUGACGCGUGCGGUGAGUAUGGAUCCAGUUUCAAUUACAAUUGUUCUGAGUGUAAGUACGAUGUUCAUGUCGGGUGUGCUUUGAUCCCUGAGACCGUGGAGCGCGAAGAUCACAAACAUCCACUCGCUCUACUUUACAACACACCGAGAAAAGGUCGUGAGGACGGUGAGAUGUACGUAUGUAAUGUUUGUGAAGAAGAUAUGUCAGAGAAUCUUUGGGUUUAUUACUGCAAAGAAUGUGAUUACGGGACUCAUGUGCAUUCUUGCGCCGUUGAUGAUGACGAUUAUGAGCCAAAGAAAGGAGGAGGAGGAGAAUCAAGCUCCGUGGCUUCAAGGAUGAAGUCGUUGAUGGAUGCUGAAGAUGAGUUGGUGGCGAUGGAGCUCGAGUCACGUAUGAAGAGAGCUGCUAAUAAUGCUAUACUCGCGAGUGUACGUGAUGAACCUAAGCGGAUAUAUUAUUGGUGA